AUGUCCUACGAAGUCGAGCGCAACCUCCGGACAAUCUUCAAGAGAUGCGUCAAGUGUCCGACAGAGACACCAACAUGCCCAGACUGCCCCAGCGGCCAAAUCUGCUCCCUCGUACCGCAGGACUGCAAUGCCUGCGCACAUAUGACUUGCAUUGCGAAUCCCAGCCCAGCACCCGCUUCAAAGAAAACAAAUGUCGGGGCGAUAGCGGGAGGAGUGAUUGGAGGAGUGGCGUUCAUGGCGAUUGUCAUGUUCUUCUUGUGGAGGUUCUGGAUCAAGAAGAGGAGAGAGCAGCAAGAGCUGGAGGCGGAGGAGUGGGAGGAGGAUGACAUUUCCCAGCAGAAGCGGACCACACAGUUCAAUGCCAUGCGCUCGGAUGCGGCAUCCACGCGGACGAGGGGAUCUAUCGCGAAUAGCAUCCUCAGCCGGGCGAGCAAUAUCAUCCAGAUUGCGUAUAUUCCGGGUGUUACGAAUCGGAAUGGAUCUGGGCAUAACAGUUUGCUAGCGACUGCGCCGGUGCCGCCGAUUCCUGCUGCGUAUGCGAACUCGACACCGAAGAGCCCGCUUAGCAAUGAAGGCGAUGCUUUGUUCUUCAGGCCUGGCGAUUUGAGGGAUAGCACGUACACGGACAGCUCUUCGAUCCGAUCUGGCAACAACCGCGAUACGCAAUAUACUCGUCAAUCGAUCACCCCAUCACUGGCAAGAUCAUCAAUGAUGUCUGAUGUGUACCGAGACGACGCGACGGACGUACCCAUGCCUGCAACGAGAGUCGUUCGCGCGGCCCCUCGGAUGGUGUCGGUCAAGACUUCCCAGGCUUCAUCUCCGUCUUCGGAAUCACCCCCAUCCAGUAGCUCGCCGAGCACGGUAAAGGUCAUGGUGCCUGAACAGAACAACUCACCUUCUGCUUCGCCGGCCGUUGGGAAUGGAGGGUUCGCUAAAGCUACGCAAGUCACUGUCGGCAAGGGCAAGGGCAGGUUCCCGAUUGCUCGGCAAGCCAGCGACUCGAGCAACACGUCGCAAGUGAAGCACGCGCCAGCCGUUCCAUCACCGCUCGUCGAGACCGCCACAGAAUCCGACGACGAGGACGAGCACGCCCGAGCAAGGAGGAGCCUGAUGAACGCGACUUCACGAGCAGCAGACCCCGCACCUCUCAUCCAACCUCUCGAAAGCCCCUUCUUCGACGCAUCGGAACUGCAAGCUGCAGGCUCGCCAUCAGGAUCAUCGAGACCGAACCCGUACGCUUCCAUGGCAGCCAGCGUCCGCAACGAGAGGCCUCGACGAGGCUCGCGAGGUCCCGGCGGCCUCAGUGCCGUGAUCGAAGAGGCUGCGAAGAGAGCAAGCCAGGACCCUGAUCAUGAAGCUUCUGGCGCGAAGAGGGACGCGAGUCCGUUCAGCGACGCUCAUGCUACCCACUGA